AGUGUGACCAGGCAGAGGCCAGUGUUGCAGGCAGGCAGGCAGAGGAGAGAGUGUUGAGCAGCAGAAACGUGCUCGGGGUGGAUAAACCAUGCUCACCAAGUGGGAGAAAGACUCUGCCCAGGACACAAGAUGAAGGCAGAGAGGAAGACCUCCUCUACAAGCGACAGUUUUACUGACAUUCCUCCUCUACCGACACUCUUUGGCCUCCUCCUCCUCCUUUUGCUCACAGGUGAGGUGUCAUCUGUGAACGUGACCACCCAAACCCAGCUGGUGAGGGGCACUGUGGGCAGAGAAGCCCUCCUGUCUGUUAGCUACUCCAGUAGUAGCUCAGACAAGCCUGUGAUCAAGUGGCAGAUAAAGAGGGAGAAAGAGAAGCCGAUCACUGUUGUUCAGUCCAUUGGAACAGACAUCAUAGGGAACCUGAGGCCGGAGUACCGCAACCGUAUUCUGGUGUUCGAGAAUGGUUCGCUGCUGCUUCACAACCUGCAGCUGACGGACGAAGGGGCAUAUGAGGUGGAGAUCUCCAUUACAGAUGACACCUUUACUGGAGAGCACUACAUUGAGCUUACUGUGGAUGUUCCGGUGUCGAAACCUUACAUCCAGAUGAUGGCCUCAUCCGUCUUGGAGUACAGCGAGUUCUUUCACCUCCACUGUACCCACGACAACGGUACAAAGCCCAUCUAUGGUUGGCUGAAAGGAGGCAAGGUGCUCACCAAUGACACUCGCCUGCUGCUUUCACACGACCAAAAGGUGCUGACCAUCGCUCGCGUCCUGAUGUCAGAUGAUGACGUUUACACGUGCACCGUGGGGAACCCUAUCAGCAGCAUGAAGAGCGUACCUGUCCGGCUCACUGUCUACAGACGGAGCUCACUAUACAUCAUCCUGUCCACUGGCGGAAUAUUCCUCCUAAUCACCCUGGUGACGGUGUGUGCCUGUUGGAAACCAUCCAAAAAGAAACAUCGACCUGUCCCCCAAAGAGCACCAGUCUAUAUGGAGCAGAUUGAAAAUGGUCACGAUGUUGAUGUUGUUCCCAAACCAUCUACACUUGGCAGAAGGAGCCCUAUGCCUCUUUAUGUUCUCAAUGAAGAUGAGACUCUUGAGCGUUUGGAAGAAUGUUCUGGCAAUGCUGUCAGCCAAUCAGAAAUGAGUAUCCCUGCUACUUAUGCUCCAGUCCUCCCCGCAUCCUCCAACAGAACCGACCGGCCUAUCUGGUCUGCCCCACGCAGAUACCCCCGCAGCCCCUCUCCACUGGCACAGCCUCUCCCACAGCCGCUCCCAGCUCCUCCCCUGCGUCCUGUCCGCUCACCUGCACAAUCUCCCGGUUCAUCUCCACGCAGUUUCAGCCCCAUUAGAAAAGUCCGUCCUCCGGCAGGCAUCCCGACCAGCCACCUGCCCGUAGAGGCAGAGUGUCUGGAACCAAGUGAUCAGACUCAAUGUCCAUCAGAGCAGUGACAGCUGCUUGGAUGUAUGUUUAUAUUCUGUGAAAUGUAAAGCACAUGUAUAGUAUGUUGGUAUUCUGAUGCAUCCUGCCACUGGGAUAAUGGAUUUGAUCCACUAGGAUAAAAUAUGAGUUCACUUUCAGCUAACUCUUGUCUUUAAAAUGUAUUAUUUAUCAUCUAUUUCUUUACAGCUAUGCACAAUUCUCUAGUCUCUUGAUAAUUUGCUGCCAUAUUAAAAGUGAUAUUUUUCCCAAGUUUAUCAUGUAUAUGAUGCUGAGAAAGUAAAUAUAUCCAACUCUGGUAUAUACCGUAUACUACUUGAUGAAUUAAUUGUUGAGAACUUUUGAGAAGAACCUGUACAUAUGUCAGCUAAUAAGUUCUGCUCUGGUGUCUUUUCUUUCGUUUUGUUUUUUGGUAGUGUUUUCUUUACAAAAGUUCAACCACAAAGUCUAUUCCUAUACAACAUAGGUCCCUUGUAAUAAAAACUGUUAAGG